AUGGAGAAUAGUUCUUCUCUUCCACAGCAUUCUCGUCCUCCCACAGAUCAUGAACGUAUUCACGAUACUUUGGAAAACGAUUUUAAGCGAAUGGACAAAAUGUUUGCCAAGGGAGAGAAUUCUUUUUUCGGUAGCAAACCUUAUAGUCGCAAUUCUGAUAACGUUUUCAAAGAUUUAGAUUACAUUCGAAGGAAGCAAAUUGAAUUAGCACAUCAACAUGUUGCUUUAGAGAAUUCUCAAGACGAAGAAUUACCUGUUAUACCGACGGAAGAUUCUGCUGAAGCUUUUAAACGGAAUGCGGAUUUAUUCGUGAAAAAAGAACAGGAUUUGAAUAAUUUGAUGGGAAACCUUAAUAAUUUAAUGGAAAAGCUUGAAGAUUUGGAACAGUCAAUGGGUCAACCAUUAAAAGUUUCAAAGCCAAAAUGA